AUGGUUUGCAACAGUAUUUCGGAAAUGAAUGAAACAACGCUCCAGUGUGGACGGGCGAGAAGCAACUCCGAACCGAUCGUAAGACAAAGGAGAAGAAACUCCAUCGUAUUAACUCCUGCCGUUUUGAAUGAAUAUGCACGAGGGGAAGAAGAUGCAGCACUGUUCAAAAAACAAUAUGAACAAGCUUACUAUAAUGUGUACGGUUCAACGACCCCAUUCAACAACGUAGCUGCCACAGAUAUGACUAUACCAUGGAGCGAGCAAACUGUGUACUCACGAUACAGCUCUGACCCGCGACUCAAUGCGCUGGGAUUCUUCGACGUUCGUAGACGGGCCGCUACACAUUGCUGUUCAAAUCCGUAA